AUGGAGUCUGAGCUGUCUGCUCCUCCUCUGGCAUCACAACCCACCAGAUCAGCAACAAAAGCAGUGGUCCCUUGCAUUAUAUGGGAGAACACUUAUGCUGCAUGGACUGAUCAUCUUAUCGAGUGGUGUAGGACCCAUGAAGCAGAGUGGAAGAAGUUGUUUUCUGACUCCACACAAGAUGCUCAAGAGGAAGGUAGGAUUAAGCAACAAUUGUGA